AUGGAUUUCAAUAAAAUUUUACUGCGAUCUUUGUUUUUACUUUCAGUGAUCAUAUUACAAGAAGUGAAUGGACGAACGGGAAGUGGAGAAAAAUGGUCAGUUAUGUAUUCUGACCUUGAUUUAACAUGGUACCAACUAAUCACGAUAGCAGAGUUAUCCACUUAUCUUCAAUUUAGAACAGCUUAUCUUAGACCUUUGCUGAUAGUAUUCAUGGCUAAUACGGAACGAUGCAAUCUUGGAUCGAAACAAAAUUAUCAAGAUCAUCUCUUAUCACAAUCAUGA